GUUUCAGUUUCUCAGUACUUCACCCUACUACAAAAGUUACAGUGCUUUUCAACAUUUGCUCACUUGGGAAAUUCAGAAAGCCUCUGCAGAUUGCAGGAGGAUACAAGACAAGAGGCAGAGCCCUUUCACCAACUGAGCAGCAAAGGCAGGAUCAGCACCUAUUUUGUAGUGAACGGCUUUCUUAGAAGAAUUCUGGGCACAAAAGGCUGAGGACAAAGCCUGCUUACACUGUCCCCAACUCCAGGCCCUCAGGCAAUUGUUCCUGUCUUCUGGAGACCAGAACCCCAGUCCAGACAGGAGACAAGCCUGCACAAUGGCCUCAGAGGUCCACAUGCCAGGCCCUGUGUGCCUCAUCGAGAACGUGGAAGAGCAACUGACAGUCAACCAGCAGGUUCUGGGGAUCCUGUCAGCCAUCGAGCAGCCUGUGGUGGUGGUGGCCAUCGUGGGCCUUUACCGCACAGGCAAAUCCUACUUGAUGAAUAAGCUGGCUGGGAAGAAAACAGGCUUCUCUCUGGGCUCCACAGUGCAGUCUCACACCAAGGGGAUCUGGAUGUGGUGUGUCCCUCAUCCCCAGAAGUCAGACCACACCCUAGUUCUACUUGACACAGAGGGCCUGGGAGAUGUGGAGAAGGGCGACAACCAGAAUGACUGCUGGAUCUUUGCCCUGGCUGUACUUCUGAGCAGCACCUUCGUGUACAACAGCAUGGGAGCCAUCAACCAGCAGGCCAUGGACCAGCUGCACUAUGUGACAGAGCUGACAGACAGAAUCAGAACAAGAUCUUCACCUGACCAGGAUGAGGUGGAGGACUCAGAUGAAUUUGUGAACUUCUUCCCAGACUUCGUGUGGACUCUGAGGGACUUCUCUCUCGAGCUGAAAGUAAAUGGGGAACCCAUCUCUGCGGAUGAAUACCUAGAGAAUUCCCUGAAGCUUAUACAUAAUACUGGUAAAAAAGAAAAAGAACAAAAGCUUAAUCUCCCUCGGCUCUGUAUCCAGAAGUUCUUCCCAAAGAAGAAGUGCUUUGUCUUUGAGCGGCCAGCACACGGGAAGAAGCUUGGCCAGCUGGAAUCGCUGCAGGAGCAAGACCUGGACUCAGACUUCGUGGAACAAGUGGCAGAGUUCUGCUCCUACGUGUUCAGCUGUUCCAAGGUUAAAACGCUUUCAGGAGGCAUCAAGGUCAAUGGACCACGACUAAAGAGUUUGGUGAUAACCUAUGUGAACACCAUCAGCAGUGGGGGUCUGCCCUGCGUGGAGAAUGCUGUCCUGGCUUUGUCCCAGACAGAGAAUGCAGCCGCAGUGCAAAAGGCCAUUGCUCACUAUGACCAGCAGAUGAGCCAGAAGUUGCAACUGCCCACACAGACCCUCCAGGAGCUGCUGGAUCUGCACGGGGCCAGUGAGGAAGAAGCCACCAAGAUCUUCAUGGAAAAUUCCUUCAAAGAUACUGAUCAAGUGUUCCAAAUGGAAUUAAGGACCAAGCUAGAAACAAAGCGAGAGGAAUUCCUUAAGAAGAAUGAACAGGCAUCCUCAGAUCACUGCUCAGCUCUGCUUCAGGGUAUUUUCAGUCCACUAGAAAAAGACGUGAAGCAGGGGAUUUAUUCUAAACCAGGGGGAUACUGCCUUUAUAUCCAGAAGAUAGAAGAGCUGAAGAAAAAGUACUCUGAGGAACCCAGGAAAGGGGUUCAGGCUGAGGAAGCUCUGAAGCAAUUUUUGCAGUCCAAGGAGGAGGUGACUAAUGCAAUUCUACACACAGACCAGGUUUUGACACAAAAGGAAAAGGAGAUGGAAGCGCAACGUGUGAAAGCUGAAGCUGCCCAGGCUACAGCCAAGUUACUAGAGGAAAGGCAACGGCAGAGUGAACAGUUGAUGAAAGAGAAAGAGAGGCGUCAUCAGGAACACAUGAGACAGCUGGCUGAGAAGAUGGAGAGAGAACAGGCCCAGAUGAGGGAGGAGCAACAGAGGGCCAUUGAGCACCGACUUCAGGAACAGGCUCGACUGCUAAGGGAAAGUUUCCAGCAGGAGAUCAGAAGAGCUGAAGAAGAAAGGAUGAAGCUCCAGCAAAGGAAAUCAAAGCGCAAAUGGUAUAAGCUAUAGUUCUAAGAACAGCGCCAUCCUGCCACUCAAACCAGAGGUGAACAGGGUGUAGAAUCUGGAACAAGUGUCACUUCAAUUGAUAAUAAUUGGGUCCUGCAUCAGAAAACUAAAAAUCUGCAAAGAUGUGCAGUGUGAUCAUUGAAAUUGUGUUUAUCUUCCUAUAAGAUUGUGUGCCAAGGAUGUCAUUGACAUCUCUACCACAAGAGAGGUAUCAACAACACUGCUCAGAGCAAAGUCCCUUUUCCAGAUGAUCUCCAGGAGACAAAUGGACACUGAGCACAUUCUUAAAUGGUGGCACAUAAUUAGAAACCAGGUUGUCCAGGGAUGUGAUGUAUCUAAAGGACAGGGAAAGCCAGCCUUACUCCUUACUGGAGACAAUGUAAAGUAUCCAUUAUAUCAAAACUGCUCAACCUUUCAGCAAUGGUGUGAUUUGUGGACAUUGGUAAUGAACAACCCUAUCAACACACUCCAUUAUGAAUCAAGGCACCUGCAUGGAGAUCUAGAGUCCAUAUAUAUAAUACCCACAGGAAGACGGAAGAAGCCAUUAGCAUGACAAGGAGCUGGAUCACAAGUCCAUGGGCUAAAGAAGGAAAUGUUCCAGUUUAUGUAGAUGGAAACUGUAACAGGACAUUUCCAAACUCUAAAAGUUGACAUUGAUUAUAUAGAAACAUGAUGACAACUAAGCAUAAUGUAUACCUUAAGUACUUAUGUAUAAGGUAUACAUAAGUAUAUGUUAUGUAUACUUCAUGUAUAACAAUAUAUAACUUUAAAAAUGGGCUUUAAAUGAUGAUGGGUAAUCUAUAGAUAUCUGUGGUUGAUAUAUUGUGCACCCCAAUAAACUUAUCUGGGGGUCAGAGAAUAUAACAGCCAUAAUAUUCAACAUAGAAGUUAGGCAGUGGUAGCACACACACCUUUAAUCCUAUCACUUGCAAGGCAGAGAUCCAUCCAGAUCUCUGUGAGUUUAAAGCCACUCUGGAAACUGCCAGGCAUGGUGACUCAUACCUUUAAUCCCAGGAAGUGAUGGCAGAAAGCAGAAAGGUAUAUAAGGUGUGAAAACCAGGAACUAGGCCUGGUUAGGCUUUUAGACUUUUAGCAGCAGUUCAGCUGAGAUUCAUUCUGGAUGAGGACUCAGAGACUUCCAGUCUGAGGAAACAGGAUCAGCUGAGGAAUUGGCGAGGUGAGGUGGCUGUGGCUUGUUCUGCUUCUCUGAUCUUCCAGCAUUCACCCCAAUACCCAGCUCCAGGUUUGUUUUAUUAAUAAGACCCUUUAGGAUUCAUGCUACAGAUUUCAAAGGAAUUUUAAUGAUUUAUCUUUAACUAUAAACUUAUGCUACUCUUUUUCCUAUUACUAGCAGUUGUACUUGAAAUCCUGUUGAUUUUCCCCAAGCAUAAUAAAGGUUGUUUUCCAUUUUUUGACCAGCUCUUAGUAUGAUGGAGUAUAGAUAAACUAUAUUCCAACUGCCAAAAGUGCAAGGUAGGUGGUGAACAUCUUUUAAAGGGACUUGGAACUUUUUUUUCGAGGAGGUAUGGAUCAAUGGAUGAAGUACUUGCAGUACAAACAUGGCAUAAUUCAGAUCCCAGCACCCACACAACAAACCAGACAUGGUGGGCACACCUGUAAGCCUGGCACUGAGGUCGGGGCAGGGGUAGACAGGAGGAUCCCUGGGGCUUACUAGAUGGCCAGUCUAGCCAACAGAUGGACUCUGAAUUCUCUGAGAGACCUUGUCUCAAAAAUAAGGUGGGAAGUAAUUAAGAACAGAGUUAUGCUGUUUGUUGAAAGUGAA